AUGGAAGGGGAUGAGGUCACGUACAAAGUCUGCCCCGUCCCACCCAAGAACCAGAAGAUCCAGGCUGUGGAGGUGGUCAUCACGCACUUGAAUCCAGGGACCAAGCAUGAGACCUGUCAGAACCAGAAAGAGCGGCGGCUGAGAAAGCGCUGGUCCCACAUCGACUUGGACCUGGUCACUCUGCUGGAGGACAACGAGCACAACCUGGUUUUCCUGGAGAUUGAUUCAGAAAGAAAACCCAAGAAAUUCAAAAUACGCAGAGCACUUUAUGACAAAAAGAUUGUGAUCCUGAAGGAAUUGAAGCAUUCGGAUGGAAACUUUGACGAGAUACAGAGAAUAGAGCUGAAUGCGCUGCUUCACAUCGAUUACUCCAACUUAACCAAGUUUUACGGCACGGUGAAGCUGGACCAGGGCGUGUUCGGAGUGUUCGAGUACGGAGAGCGCGGAUCUCUGACGUAUGUGCUCAACGACAAAGUGUGCUACCCAGACGACUCCUUCAUGGACUGGGAGUUCAAAAUCUCCGUCAUGUACGACAUCGCCAAGGGGAUGUCCUACCUCCACGGCACUGACCUCCAGGUCCACGGUCGCCUCAAAUCCACCAACUGUGUGGUGGAUAACCGCAUGGUGGUCAAGAUCACGGACUUCGGCUGCAACACGUUACUGGUCCCCGGCAGAGAUCUAUGGACCGCUCCGGAGCAUCUGAGGAAACCCGGGACUUCUCAGAAAGGCGACGUCUACAGUUUCGCCAUCAUCGCCCAAGAAAUCGUUUACAGAAGAUGCACUUUCUUCUCAGAGAGCUGUUCAGACAGAGCAGAAAAACUGUCCCGAGUGCAGUGUCCGGGCGUGACCGUCUUCAGACCGGACCUUAACCUUUACACUGAGUCGGACAGAGAGCUGGAGGUGUUCAUGUUGAUAAAAAGCUGUUGGGAUGAAGACCCGGAACGCAGGCCAGACUUUAAGAAAGUGGAGAACUGCUUGGAAAAGAGCAUUAGUAAAAUCCAUAACCAUAACAACGAGAGCUACAUGGACAACCUGAUCCGACGGCUGCAGAUGUAUUCGAGGAAUCUGGAACACCUGGUGGAGGAACGGACCGCGCUGUACAAGUCUGAGAGGGACCGGGCCGACUACCUCAACUUCCUGCUCCUCCCGAGGCCGGUGGUCAAGAGCCUGCAGGAGCGUGGCGUGGUGGAGCCGGAGCUGUACGACGAGGUCACCAUCUACUUCAGUGACAUCGUGGGCUUCACCACACUGUGCCAGUACAGCACCCCCAUGGAGGUGGUGGACAUGCUCAACCACAUCUACAAGAGCUUCGACCGCAUCGUGGACCAUCACGACGUCUACAAGGUGGAGACCAUCGGCGACGCCUACAUGGUGGCCUCAGGGUUACCAAAGAGGAACGGCAACAGACACGCCGUGGACAUCUGCCACAUGGCCCUGGACAUACUCAGCUUCAUCAAGACCUUCGAGCUGCGCCACCUCCCCAGCAUCCCGGUCUGGAUCCGGAUCGGGGUCCACUCAGGUCCGUGUGCGGCCGGAGUGGUCGGGGUGAAAAUGCCCAGAUACUGUUUGUUUGGGGACACGGUGAACACAGCGUCACGGAUGGAGUCGACCGGACACCCUCUGAGGAUCCACGUCAGUCAGCCCACCAUCGACAUCCUCCACCGGACCGACACAGAGUUUGAGUUAGAGUGCAGAGGCCAGACUUUUCUGAAGGGGAAAGGGACAGAGACCACCUAUUGGUUAACAGGAGAAAAGGGGAGGAGCUAUGACCUUCCAACUCCGCCCACAGAGGAGAGUUUCCAGCGGCAGCAGCAGGACCUGGCCCACAUGGUGCUACAGUGCCUGGAGCGCAGCACGAGCAGCAGGAGCAUCAGGAGGAGGCCCCUGCUGAGCCAGAGCAGUGCAGGGUCCCGGAACCAGCCUGGAGGGGCCUGUGACGAGGAGCAGCAGGAGUACCUCCACCUGGCCACCGUAGACAACACCCUCAGCACCUUCCUACUUGUUAGAGGUCUUCCCCCUCCUCUUCAUCACCCCCUCUUCUUCCUUCUCCUCCUCUCCCUCCUCAUCCCCCUCCUCCUCCUCAUCCUCAUCUCCCUCAUCCUCAUUCCCCUCUCCCUACUCAUCCUCUUCCUCCUCCUUCUCUUCCUCCUCCUCCUCAUCCUCUCCCUCCUACUCCUGCCCCUCAUCUCCCUCAUCCUCAUUCCCCUCUCCCUCCUCCUCCUACACAUCUUCCACGACUCGUUCACCGUUAGCUUCCACGACUCGUUCGCCGUUAGCUUCCACGACUCGUUCGCCGCUAGCUUCCACGACUCAUUCACCGUUAGCUUCCACGACUCAUUCGCUGUUAGCUUCCAUGACUCAUUCAUCGUUAGCUUCCAUGACUCAUUCACCGUUAGCUUCCAUGACUCAUUCAUCGUUAGCUUCCAUGACUCAUUCACCGUUAGCUUCCACGACUCAUUCACCGUUAGCUUCCAUGACUCAUUCACCGUUAGCUUCCAUGACUCAUUCACCGUUAGCUUCCAUGACUCAUUCACCGUUAGCUUCCACGACUCGUUCACCGUUAGCUUCUAUGACUCAUUUACCGUUAGCUUCCACGACUCGUUCACCGUUAGCUUCCACGACUCGUUCGCCGCUAGCUUCCACGACUCGUUCGCCGUUAGCUUCCACGACUCGUUCGCCGCUAGCUUCCACGACUCGUUCGCCGCUAGCUUCCACGACUCGUUCGCCGUUAGCUUCCACGACUCGUUCACCGUUAGCUUCCAUGAGUCAUUCACCGUUAGCUUCUAUGACUCAUUUACCGUUAGCUUCCACGACUCGUUCGCCGCUAGCUUCCACGACUCGUUCGCCGCUAGCUUCCACGACUCGUUCGCCGCUAGCUUCCACGACUCGUUCGCCGCUAGCUUCCACGACUCGUUCGCCGCUAGCUUCCACGACUCGUUCGCCGCUAGCUUCCACGACUCGUUCGCCGCUAGCUUCCACGACUCGUUCGCCGCUAGCUUCCACGACUCGUUCGCCGUUAGCUUCCACGACUCGUUCACCGCUAGCUUCCAUGAGUCAUUCGCCGUUAGCUUCCACGACUCAUUCGCCGUUAGCUUCCACGACUCAUUCGCCGUUAGCUUCCACGACUCAUUCGCCGUUAGCUUCCACGACUCGUUCACCGUUAGCUUCCACGGCUCAUUCACCGCUAGCUUCCACGACUCGUUCACCGCUAGCUUCCACGACUCGUUCACCAUUAGCUUCCACCGCUCGUUAGCUUCCACCGCUUUUCAGCUUCCACCGCUCAACUUUGCCCUGACAAAACCCGUCGCUCUGACCAGCCCUGGGAGACAUCUUUGGUUGCGUUUUACUAAGAUUCGUCGCGUGGCCACUUUGUCGCUCGGUUCUGAUCGUGAGGUUCAAAUGAAGUCCAAACAAAGUCGAAACACUUCUACAUCGUGUCCGCUCCUUUUGCAAAACAACGUGAGACUCGGCGCCUACAUCCGGGACCCGUGGAUCUGGAACAGCUGA